AUGGAUACAGAAACGAGUGGUUUUUUGUGGUCGUUGGCAGAUAUUGAGAAUGAUUGCCCACUUUGUUUGCGACAUUUGGGUCUAAUGAAUAAUAUAUCUAAAAUGGUGCUACCAUGUUGCCAACAGGUCGUAUGUGAGAGCUGUUUCAACGAUGAAAUGCUCAAGAAUAAUAAUAGUUGUCCUUUUUGUUUGUGUAAAGGUAUCAAAGGCCAAAAGUUGGGUAGCUCAAGCAAUGUUACACCUAGUAAUACAAGUACGAAUACAAAUAGUAAUCCUAGUACAAUACCAUCUAAUGGUCUGAGUGUUGGAACAGGAAGCUUACCUCUGGAUUUAAGCUGUUGGCUUCCUCAAAAUUUGACUGCUAUAUGUAACCCUGGUCAUCAGUCGAAUUGUUCCAGUACAUCUGCAACAUCACCAUAUUAUAAAAGUAACAGUGCGAAUAGUAUAGAUAACUUUCCUCAAGAUAGUUUGGUAUAUAUUAGAGGUAACUCUUCUACAGCUAAUAUGAAUGUAGGUACUCCAAAUACUGUGAGCUCAACUGCUGCAACUACAACAUCAGCAACAGCUCCAUUUGGAUCUUUAAGUGAUGGGUUUUGGAAUCAUUCACCAAAUUCUACUAGCAACACGACAGCAAGUAAUAUUAAUGGUAGUUCACCUUUUAUGACAGAUCCAUGGAUGUCGUCGGGGACUUAUUCUCCAUCAAGUGGCUUUCUUCAUGAUUUCAACUGUUAUGAUAACAAUGCAAAUAAUCCUAACAGCAGUAAUAUAAUAGGUGAGGUUAGUACUACAACUGGUGCUAUGAAUGGCAACUUGAAUGUACCAUCUGGGAGUAAUAACAGUGAUAUAUAUCACAAUAACUCAAUGUAUACCUGGACUGUUCAUAACCCAAUGAAUAAUUUACACACAUUUACCCAAGUUAACCAUGGAACUCCCAAUGCUUGUACUAUAGCUGAUGUUGACUUUCAGAGGUUCUGUUUUGGACUGGGGAUAGAUAUAAGUGAUACGAGUGAUAUAAAUAAUGGGAAGAAAUCUGUAAUAUCUGUCAAUAAUGUGACGAGUAAACAGAAGGAGUCGGAGGGUUUCAAUUUGACAGGUGACUGUAGUCAUAAUAUUGGUUUGAGCCCUCAACUUAAUCCUAACAUAACAAGUUUUUCAGAUACAAAAGGUGGUAGUAGUGGAUUAGUUAGCUCUAGUGGAGGUACUCUUGGAAGCAACUCCAAUACAAGUGGGCUUAGUAAUAUAAGUAAUAGUGGAGGUUCUGUAAAUAGUGCACAACAAGCUGCAUAUAGUAGCUCUGCAUUUCCUCCAUUAACUAGUGCCACUAUUCGUCAGAACUCUUCAAAGGAUGCAAUGGGAUCCUCAGGGAAAUCCAAUUCUCAAGUAAAUAUAGCGAAUUUUACAAGUGAUACUUACUCCCAAAAUUUUGGCACUUCUGUUACAAGUCCCCACCUUUCUAGUACUUGCAUACCAGGUUCUAAUCAGAAUGUAAAUAAUAAUAAUCCAGUUAGCACCACUAAACUCAUAUCGAUGCUAUCUCGCUCAGAAGUUUCUUCUAGUAAUGGUAGUUCUAUGACCUCUGUUAAAGGUGCAACUAACUCAAAUAGUCACCAAAAUAGUGGGGGUGGGAAUUUAUCUACUGUUAGUAAUGUUUCCUAUAUAGAUGCAGUAUUACAUAAGACUGAUUGUGGGAAGAGUGAAGGUGGCAAUAAUAAUAUACCAAGUGAUGUAACAGUAACUAGUACAAAUAUGGAUGGUGAGAUGCCUUCUAUUGCUAUAGGAGCUAAUGGAGAACCAUAUAAUUAUAAGAGAGCUUUAUGCAGACAUUGGAUGCGUGGUUAUUGUUGGCUAGAAGCUGAUUGUAAAUUUGCUCAUGGUGAAGUUGAACUGAGAACAAGAGAUGGUAAAUUGAGACAUCCAACGUUGACAGGUGAUAGACAGCAAACUCAACAAGGGCAUAGCCAAACUCAAAGUCAAUCUCAGCAGUCAUCCAGUAACAACAUAAUUGUGUCACCUACAGUUUUAGCAUCGUCAUCAUCCAAUGGUAAGAGUUCAAAACAAAAUCCUAACAAGUCUAAUGUAGCGAGUUAUGCAGCAACAGCUGCUAGUAGUUUGUCCAGUACGGGCGUAGGAAGCAAUUCUAAUGUCAGUUACAGUGUGAUUGUAGCUUCAGGUACCUCGACUACUGACUCUAAGCGAGGAUAG